AUCCGUCGUCCAGGUCUCCACACCUCUCCAGGCGCCUACUCCCUCGGUCUCUUUCUUGGGUCCAAACUUUUGAGGUGGACUGGCGAGGAGGAGAGGCGAGGGCAGAGGGGCGGGCGCGCAGCUGGGAGGCGCUUCAGCACCACGGCCAGCGCCCGCUGCAGACGCCCCGCCAGGAGCUGCGGGCGGGCGGGCUGCGUGCUGGGAGCAGGGAGCAGCCUGGACACCGAGAUGCCUGCGGAAUGAUCGCCCCCCAGGGCGGCUGCUGGGGCUGCUGCUGCGGCUGCCUCAGUCUUUCCUCCGCGCGGCUCUGGCUGCCGGGCGGCGGGUGCAACCGGAGGGCCAGGUGUCGGUCCCCGCAGUGACCCUGGAGUGGCCGCAGAAGAGGGAGUGAAGAGGGGGCACCACCGAACCCAGGUCAGGAUGCAGCCGGCGACGUCCCGCCUGCUCAAUCUGCUGCUGCUGUCGCUGCUGGCUGGACUGGGUCCUUCCAAGACGCAGGUCAGCCCCAAGGAGGGGUGGCAGGUGUACAGCUCCGCGCAGGACCCCGAUGGCCGAUGCAUCUGCACGGUGGUGGCUCCGGAGCAGAACCUGUGCUCCCGGGAUGCCAAGAGCAGGCAGCUGCGCCAGCUGCUGGAAAAGGUCCAGAACAUGUCCCAAUCCAUUGAAGUCUUAAACCUGAGGACUCAGAGGGAUUUCCAGUACGUUCUUAAGAUGGAAACCCAGAUGAAGGGGCUCAAGGCCAAGUUCCGGCAGAUUGAGGAUGACCGGAAGACACUCAUGACCAAGCACUUCCAGGACCUGAAGGAGAAGAUGGACGAGCUCCUGCCGCUGAUCCCCGUGCUGGAGCAGUACAAGACGGACGCGCGGCUCAUCACCCAGUUCAAGGAGGAGAUCCGGAACCUGUCGGCCGUGCUCACGGGGAUCCAGGAGGAGCUGGGCGCCUACGACUACGAGGAGCUGCACCUCCGGGUGCUCAGCCUGGAGACCCGGCUCCGCGACUGCAUGAAGAAGCUCACAUGUGGCAAGUUGAUGAAAAUCACAGGCCCAAUUACUGUCAAAACGUCUGGAACCCGAUUCGGUGCCUGGAUGACUGAUCCUCUAGCAUCCGAGAGAAACAACAGAGUCUGGUACAUGGACAGUUACACUAACAACAAAAUAGUCCGUGAGUACAAGUCCAUGGCCGACUUUGUCAGCGGGGCUGAAUCAAGGACCUACAACCUCCCUUUCAAGUGGGCGGGCACCAACCACGUGGUCUACAACGGCUCUCUCUACUUCAACAAGUACCAGAGCAACAUCGUCAUCAAGUACAGCUUCGACCUGGGCCGUGUGCUGGCCCAGCGCAGCCUGGAGUACGCCGGCUUCCAGAACGUCUACCCCUACACCUGGGGCGGCUUCUCCGACAUCGACCUGAUGGCCGACGAAAUCGGGCUGUGGGCCGUGUAUGCCACCAACCAGAACGCGGGCAACAUCGUCAUCAGCCAGCUGAACCCAGACACCCUGGAGGUGGUGAAGAGCUGGAACACGGGCUACCCCAAGAGGAGCGCCGGCGAGUCCUUCAUGAUCUGCGGGACCCUGUACGUCACCAACUCCCACCUGACCGGAGCCAAGGUGUACUAUUCCUACUCCACCAAGACCUCCAGCUACGAGUACACGGACAUUCCCUUCCACAACCAGUACUUCCACAUCUCCAUGCUGGACUACAACGCCAGGGACAGGGCGCUCUACGCCUGGAACAAUGGCCACCAGGUCCUGUUCAACGUCACCCUCUUCCACAUCAUCAAGACCGAGGACGACACAUAAGCAAGUGCAACCUGUUUCCGCCCAGCUACACAGUGCUAUCUGUGACCCAUUCUCUAGGCCUCCCUCUGUAUUGCUUUUCUUCAUUAGAUUGUCCUCACCCCUUCUCUAAAGCAUUUCUAUCAUAACGUGGGUGUCCGGAGAAAGAGUCGCGGAGCUCGCCUCCAUGAGCCCGUUGGACACACAUCGGAACUCCUCCAUUCACAUGGCCUAUCAUGUCCUUGUCAUGGGAAGCACUAAAGAGAGCUUACCUGGCUAAUGUCAUACUUUUGCAAAAGAUUAGUGGUCUGCCUUAUCCUAGUGUCAGAGACUAAUGGUAGCUUCAAUGCAUGAAUGUCUCUCUCUCUCUCUCUCUCUCUCUUCUAACUCUGCCACUUCUGUCUCUAGCUCCACAUCAGAAAACAUUCUGGUAGGAUCAGAAGGAAAAAAAAGGAAGAAAAGGG